AUGACGACGAUAUAUCAGCGGACGUUUAUACCAGAGCCAACAGAGGAUGACUACAUACCACUACCCACGCGGGCGCCGAGUGAUGCAGCGACGAACCGACAGCUAGCACCGGCGGGACAGGGCGGAGACGAGAAGUCCGUGGACGAAAGCACUCCGUACCAUUAUAUUAUUCCCGAAGAUCGAAAGCUCGGGUAUAUUUCGACAGCAUUAUUAAUUGUAAACCGUAUCAUCGGGUCCGGUAUAUUUGCGACAGUGGACCAAAUCGUGCGAUCAACCGACAGCACCGGCACCGCACUCUUCUUUUGGGUUAUUGGUGGUGUUGUGUCGUUAUUAUGUCUCUUCGCGUUCCAGUUCGUGACGUCACAAGUCACUGCAGCCAACGUCGUUCUCUUUACGCAAUAUAUGUUCCUCGCAUCAAAUGGAGAGGCAAGACUGACAGCACCAUUGUGGCUGCGAGCACUAACGGGCUUCUUUGUUAUCACUGGAAUAUGCGCGAUUCAUGCUUUCCUUCCACGCUUGGGAAUCCAUCUGGGUAACUUUCUCGGCAGCUUCAAAGUUGUUAUUUUGAUGGUCAUCGUCUGCGCCGGAUUCGCUGUCCUCGCAAAUCCUGAGGGAGUGCUGGAUAGCGGCCGGCCAAGCGGAAACUAUGGAAACUUCGAUGGAGUGUGGAAUGCGACUACUGUUGAUACCCCGCCCGAAGUUCGAUCAAUGAUUGCAUGUGGUGAAGAUGCGAAUAACGCACCGGUGGCCCUAGCUCAGGUCAUCUUUGCGUACACGGGAUGGGAGAACGCAAACUACGUUCUCUCCGAGGUCAAGAACCCAACGAAGACCCUCAAAUGGUCGGCUCCAAUUGCAGUAUCGCUUGUCAGCAUCCUCUAUGUUCUAGCCAAUAUCGCCUAUUUCGCUGCUCUUACGAAGCAAGACAUGAUCAAAGGAACAGCUAACGCCGUGGCCGUAACUUUCUUCCAACGUAUGAGGGUCGCAGAUAGCUUUAGUAACGUCGCCGUUCCCGUCUUCAUCGGGUUAUCAGCUUUGGGCAACGUUUUUGCGGCCUCCUUCGCGUUCUCUCGAGCAAAACAAGAACUCGCUAAGGAAGGCGUCCUGCCAUGGUCCAAGUUCUUUGCAAGCGAUUGGCCCCGCCAAGCACCAACUGGUGGUCUUUUCCUGCAUUGGAUCUUCACUUCCCUUUGGGUCCUUGCUCUAGGUCGUUCCGAAAGUGGUUAUACUUUCUUGAACACUUUUGCAACCUACAGCAGGACGUUAAUCAACAUUUUCCUGGGUGUCGGACUUCUAUAUCUACAGCAUCACCCGAGUUCGACGUGGAGGGAGGAACGCACUAGCUUCCACGUAAAGUGGCCUUUCGUAGUAGCAUGGACCAUCUUCAACUGCUAUCUCGCUGUUGCAAUGUUCGUCCCAAACUGCGCCAUCCCGGGAUUCGGCUUGAAUAACUAUUUUGCAAUCCCGGUUACGGGAAUUUGUGUGCUUAUCGGCGGAGCAAUGUACUGGGUUGGCUUUGCGAAAGUGCUACCGUUGUUUGGAUAUGCGGUGGAGACGCAGAGGGAAUACCUGGCCGAUGGAAGCCAGGUUGUGCGCUAUAUUCACAUCACACGACAUCAUCAAACCCUAUCGCGGCCGUUUGUCGAUCACUAG